AUGGCACAAGCAUCCUCCUCGAACACAAAUGUAUUCGGAAACCGGAACACGUCUGAGGACGCAUUCAAUGUUGGGCCUUCAUCUACCAACAUGGCUUCCUGGUCCGCAGGAACAGCAUUGACUGCAAACUAUCUAAGCGGUGAGCUAGUCUAUGCGGCAUACGGAUCAAUUACUUCAAGUAACACUAAAUUAUUCCCCUCUUCUUCUCUCUCGCCGCGAAAUUCUUCUGAAUGCAAAGUACCGAGCACCAAUCCAAACCCCCCGAUCCCCUUCUCCUACUACAACGCGCCUCAGCCUUGGGGGACACAGACCAGCUCAUCGGCAUACACAAACGCUGUACCAUACAGCCCUAAUCACCAGGAUGUACCGAGCGCCAAUCCAAACCCCUCAAUUCCCUUCUCCUACUACAACGGGCCUCAGCCUUGGGAGGAACAGACGACUGAGGACGCGUUCAAUGCUGGGCCUUCGUCUAUCAACGUGGCUUCCUGGUCCGCAGGAACAGCAUUAACUGAAAACUAUCUAAGCGGUGAGCCAGUUUAUGCGGCAUACGGAUCAAUCAUUUCAAGUAACACUAAAUUAUUCCCCCCUCCUCCUCUCUUGCCGCGAAAUUCUUCUGAAUGCAAAGUACCGAGCGCCAAUCCAAACCCCUCAAUUCCCUUCUCCUACUACAACGAGCCUCAGCCUUGGGGGACACAGGCCUAUAGCAGCGCAUUGUCAUACACAAACGCUGCACCAUACAGCCUCAACAACCAGGAUGGUGUGCACUCGGAACAAUUGGUUCCUUUCACCACCGAUAAUCAUUCUUAUGCAGCACCAGCACUUCACUUGGAAAACUCAACCGCACCAGCAACGUAUGAAACAUUUGCAUCAGCGUCUAGCUCAUACGACAAUGGGCCUUCAAAUUUCCAAACCCCGCUGACCUUAUCCUCAGGAACACCCUCAAGCGGGUACAAUCAUCCAUCUACCAGCUCGGGAGGACGAAACAAUGGUCAAAAUGAUGUUAAUUCCCCGCAACAAACCGGAACAGUACCGGAAAGCCUAGCUGUCGUAUCAAAUCCUGAACCGGAAUCUCAGCUUCCAGGUCACGGCUCUAGCAAGCGCCAAGGAAUUGAGUCCACAAUGGGAUUUCUUCAGGAGCUGGGAGUGUUCAUGAAAAGAUCUCCUACAGGCAGGGAGGCUUGGAAGGAAUUCAUCCAAGGCGAGGCAAUUGAAAUUCUUCGUCACGAGGAGCCUCCCAGAGGAGCCUAUCCUCAAGGGUUGUUCCAAAGCUUGACAACAGUUGCAGCAGAUUUCUUCUCUUCUGAAGCCCGCGACCGUCAAGAUGCAACACUCAUGACCAACAUGCCGUUCCUGACAAAUGUUUUGAUGGGGAUGCAUCCUGCACCGAACCGACAAAAUCACCGGGGUAAUGAGGAAGAAGAGGUGGCUCCGCCUGAUGGCACAGGUCCCAACGCCGCCAGUGUCAACCCCGACGAUUCCUCAGAUGCCACUCAUGUUCCUGAUAUUGUUGGAUACGAGCCAAACCCCAACAGACAUGAUGCUGCGACUAUGCGCUUCCGUAGGGUGAGCAAUUUUGGAUUUGGUCACCCUCAGCUACAUCCUUCCUCAAGCUGA